AUGGCUGCUAUAUUUCGCUUCCAUGGUCACCGGGAAACCCUACUCGAGUGUCUGCGCUUGACGAUCCAACAGGCCGUUGAUUGUGAAAACACCGAUGAUCGCGACAAGUUCAUUACUUGUGCUGGUCUGAUCACCGAGAAGCCAGACGCAACUUUCUGGCGCAAGUGUGUGGAUGCUAUGGCUACCGUUGAACAAUGGCUGCAGAAGCUCCAAGAUCGGUUGAACCAGAUUGCCAUGAUUGGCCAGACCGCUCACGGCUAUGCAUUGGAGACGCUGCAGUUCGAGAAGCAGAGCUUGACAAAACAACAUGAGUCUCUGGGUGCUAUCAUCUCACAUUUGGUCAAGGUUGGAAUCGCAACCGUGGACGACUACCGCUAUCUCCUGAACAAGACAGCACAACUCGCCAGUCCUGACGACAUCACUUUACAUUACCUGCCUGCUUUGGUCAGCUGUGCCUCUGUUCUAGGUCCUGUCGACAGUGCCGCAAGUCUCAGGGAUGCCCGUAGUCUGGACCAAUAUUUUGCAGACAAAUCCGACAACUCGAAAUGGAAGUUACCUGAUUUCCGUGCUGCCGCAACUGUCUUCUGGCUAGCUGAAUACAGCGGCCGCUACAUUGACAACCCUAUCGGCUCGCCUCUGAGAGGAGUGGAUUUGGAAGCGGAGACUGAAUCACGUUCUCAGCGUUACUUGGAUGCUGUUCGCAAUGGUGCUUUCGAGUUCAUUCUGUUUAUCUGCGCUCAGGUGCGUGCAGACUUGUGGCACGAUCCCGCGAAGGUUGGACUGGUGUCUUAUCUCUUGACUGGAGCGGAGCGUUUUAGAAAUGGCCCAAUCAAGGCAUCCGACUACUUCCAGGAGAUCCUCGCGCAAAAUCUGCAGCUAUUCGUCGAUGCUUUCAUUACGAACAUGCCCGACACUAUCCGCAGACUGAAGUUCGAGGAAGAUGAACAACGCCGAAACAUCAGCAUUCGCCAGCCUCAUGGUACUCCGGAGCAUGGUCUGCAUCUCGAGAGAUUCCUGGUCAUUAUUUCAUAUGCCUUCAAGGGCUUCCCUGAAGCUGCUCAGUCGUUCUGGCAAGAUCCCGAUAGCAACCUUUAUGGCUUCCUGCAAUGGGCCUCAAAGCGACAGUCCACUCCUCGAGCCGCUGCUUUCUGCGAAAUGUUCCUUUCUAUAUCUGAAGAUGCAGAAUGUGCAGAAGCUGCUCACAAGUUCCUUAUGGACGAUGCAACUACUGCGGUAGCCAAACUUCGCCGAGGAGCACCUCUUAGUUGGGCACAGAUCUUCAACGAGUUGAGUUUCUAUGCGCCUGGUAUCAGCGACAAGCUCACAUCUACUUCUUUGCAAGGCGAUGGCGCUUUAGCUGGACCACUCAUCGAACCGGAGAGUGAACUCAUGCUCGAGUGUUACUUGCGACUCGUUACACACAUGUGCCGCUCGAGCAUAAGUUCUAGAACCUUUGUCUUGUCUCACCCCACGUUCAAUCUGCAUGAGAUCGUACUGAACCUUGCCGUCUCUGGUGUUUCCAACCGCCUCAAAGCCUGCACAUUCAUGGCUAUCGCGGCUAGUCUGACGGACAAGAGUAUUGAUGCUGGGUACGCACUCUGGGAUUACGUUGAUUCAUGGAUGUACGAUUCGCCGAGUCUGAGGAACUAUCUUGGCACAAAAACGCCUCAAAACCCAACCGUGGCGAAGNAAGGGCGCUUCCAAUCAUUAUUGGAAGGGUUCGAGCUACCANACGCGUUCACCAGGCUCGUACAAAGCAUGGUUGUGCCCAGUCCAGAAGAGAGCAGCCUGCGUGACAUGCUGCCUUUCCCUGAACAACUAGGUGCGGCAUACCGCAUGCCUGGAAUGGACCCUUAUGUUGACUUCAUCAUGGGUAGUGUCUUCCAGGAAAGAAUGGUCGAUUUGCCUGAUGUGAACCAGAUCUGGGAGUUGAGAUGCACUUGCCUGGCUUUUAUCUCCACUUGUCUUUCGACCUUCAACGAAGAUCUUGUUAUCUUUGCUAACAGCACUAACAUUCCCGUUGACUCGAUCAUUUCAACCUCCUCACUAGCCGCCUAUGUUCGUUUCCAUCCGUUUGCACGCAUUAUGGAAUGGCUUUUCAACGACAAAGUCUCGAGUGCGUUGUUCGCCGCUGCUCAUGAAGACGUUGAUACAAUCAGCGCCGCGUCUCCGGAUUCUCCUAUGGUCGUGGCAUUAUGUCGCAGCAUUGAGGUGAUCAACCAGGUUCUGAAACUUCAAUCAAUCUACUUUGAUGUUGUCCGACCUAUCGUGAAGACGCAGUAUGUUGGACGUGAGAAAGCUAUUGCCAACCCUGCGCUUGCUUCAUUUGAGGAUGUCAUUUUAAAUCAUGUCAACAUCAUCGUCGAUCUUGGGCUGUACUGCGGAACUGGCCACCAGGAAUUAACCAUGCUUUCUUUGCAACUCCUUCAGAAGUUGGCAACAGCCCGCAAGCUCUCGAUUGCGACUGGCACAUCUUACGGAGGCAGCCGCGUGCUUGCCGCAUUACAACAAGACUUUGAUGUUGACCGCAUCGCUGCGUCUUUCAUCUCACCUCUUCAACUCGAUCCCAGAGAACUCGAAAUGGGAGCGGAAGGCCCAGGAAUUAACAUCAAGCAAGGCAUCUUGGAUUUACUGAACACUUCACUUGAAACAGCAGCCAAUCGUCCAGCAUUAGCACAUUGUCUGUUGGGCUUCCGUUGUACAGAUCGAGCCAUCAGCGUCCCACCCAAUGGCCUUUUCGACACAGGAGCCUCGCUGUUCCAUGCUGUGGCAAAGCUCUCAGCUGACACCAUCGCUUUGCCGGAAGUCAACCAAGCUCCUUGGCUUUCCUCGAUUCGUCGCACAUCCUGUCAGAUAAUAUCGAGACUACUUCAUUCGUCAUUGACCGAGCGAAUCAUUCUCGAAGAGCUCAGGGAGUCUGGAUACUCUGAUGCCGUGGCCAUUGUGCAAGCACCCAUCAAUGCUGAAAGUUUGUGGGGCAACAGACUUUGUGCUGACCCGGAUUUCCUUAUCUCAGAAUCUGCUGCUGUUUUCAAGGACUUUUUGAUCCAGCGCACCAUGUUCUUCGAGGAGGCUUCCCUGGACAUCAGAGCGACCAUCCAGCGCAACACACCGACACAACGGCAGAAAGUUUUGUCAUCAUUGCUAGGUCUGACUGUUCUGUCAUCUGGUGAGCAAGUGCAAAACGCAUCAAUAUUUGAGCUAUUUGACUUCAUCGAUGUGGACAUCUCCUUGCCUUUCGAGAUGACAGAGAAAGCCUUCAUCGGCGGCCUUGACUUUGGUUCAUGCAAGACCGACAAGCCCGAGUCUGGAAUUGUUUACGAUCUCGGCCUUGCCAAGGAGCUGCUGCUUUUGCGUGAAGCUGAUUUACGCAAGAAUGGCAGACUGCCUGAUACAGGCUCACAACAACAAUGUGCCGCAGAAAUUGAUGCUGCUAUGUUGUGCCUGCAAUCGGAGAACAACUAUGCUUCGAUCAUGCUUGCACAGCGUGCAGCACUCAACGUGUGGGUGAAGCUCAUGUCGAUGAUGCUUGCACUAGGUGAUUUCCAAGCUGCGCCUAAGACUGCACUCGCAUUACAAGCUUUGCAGAUUGUGUUGCCGAAGCUGGACAGGACGAUUGUAGAAGACUCUCCUGUUACCAUCCCACUGGCAAAACUCACAUACACUCUAAUGAGAGUUCUGGACACUUCUGCCACAGACAAGAACGUGGAAGUUAGUGCAGUACAUGACAGGCUGACAGCUACUUUCCGCACCGCACUACGAGGUAUUGGUAGUGCUUCUGGCGGUACUGAGUUGCGUGAGACAUGUUACCAGACCAUCCGUCACUUCAUCAGAUCUGUGUGCAGGACAUCAUCACCGCUGCAACGCCAAACAGCCAAGAUAAUUGAACACAGCGGUGAGCGAUUGAUGGAUACAAUCUGUGAAGACGUCAUGUCCAGCGCGGGUAGUUGUAGAGUCUCUGCCUUGAUGGUGCUGGAGUCUUGCCUGCAAUUGUUCCAGAUGGUCAAAUCGCAAUACUUGACACGGGCAAUGACUAAGCUCAACUUCACAUCUGUUCUUGUGGACGGUAUCCGUGGUAUUGCUGGCGAAUUCCAGCAGCAGCGUGAGGGACAAGGUAAGCAGGUCAUGACUAUCUCCAAAACUCAUGCUGAUUUCACGACAGAUAUCGCAACACUCCUCUCGUACAUCCAUACCGCUCUCUCCGUACUGUUGCGAAUGUCACACAGCAAUGAAGGCGCUGCAGCCAUCCUAGAGGCCGGCCUUUUCAGCGCUGUCCGUGACUCGCAGCUCUUCGCAACAGAUCCAGACAUUGGCCUGGACGUUGACAAUGUCGAAGCACUGGAAAACUUCUACCGCCUACUGAUCUCCAUGUUGCGUAUCCUGACUUCAUGUGUCGUCAGCAGAGGAUCGAGAAACCAGCACGUCAUUGCUCAAGGAAGAGCGUUCUUGACUGAGAACAGGCAGUGCAUGCAAGGUGUCUUCAAGGCUGCGGUCAGGGAAGGUCCGCAGGUUCGCCCUAGCAUCAAGCAAGCUUUGGAGGACCUGGUCGGCUGUUUCAGUGCCUUGAUAUAUGCGACAGACUUCGUCGAGGUGAGUUCUUUGAUGGUUAUGCUGUGGUUCCUGACGUACACUUACUGA